AUGGCAACCUUGAAUCUCCAUUUCAUGAUCUUGGCUACCUUUGCAGUGACUGGAAUUCUAAUUUCCAGCAACAAUGUCGCCCUUGGCCAAGAAUGCCAUGGCGACUUGCAAGGUUUAAUAACGCAAUGUCUUAACUAUGUUCAAAGAUUAGGGCCACAGACAGACCCAUCUCCACAGUGUUGCAAUGCAAUCAAGACUGUUGAUGUCCCCUGUGUGUGCAAAUACAUCACUAAGGAUAUUGAAGCCAUUCUUGACAUGGCAAAAGUGGCUCAUGUUACUGAAUCUUGUGGCUUACCACUUCCCCAUGGCACCAAAUGUGGAACUACGCCAAUCCCGCAAUGCUCACACUCAGAAACACACAGAACCAGAGAGGUACAAAAUCAAGAGAUGAUGGCAAUCUUGAACGUCAACUUUACGAUGGUCCUGGCUGUUUUUGCCAUGACGGGAAUACUGAUUUCCGGUGACAACGUAGUCCAUGGUCAAGGAUGCCAAGGUGACUUGCAAGGUCUCAUAACUCAAUGUGCAAGGUACGUUCAAAAAGUAGGGCAACAAAUGGAUCCCUCGCAAGAAUGUUGCAGUGCGAUCAAGUCUGUGGAUAUCCCAUGUGCCUGCAAAUACAUUACUGGGGAGAUUGAGGCUGUCAUUGACAUGGGAAAAGUGGCUCACCUUGCUGACUUUUGUGGCAAACCACUUGCCCAUGGCAUGAAAUGUGGAAGUAAGUAG